AUGAUUGAGCCAUUUCAAACCACUUUCGCUGUCCCUAUGACAUGCAACAGUUGCGUAGAUGAUAUCUCGCAGUCUAUAAAUAAGUUGCAAGGCAUCAAAAAGGUGGAAGCCAAACUCGAGGACCAGCUAGUGCUUGUUGAGGGCACGGCGGCACCAAGCUCGAUUGUAGCGGCUAUCCAAGACACCGGACGAGAUGCUAUUAUUCGUGGAAGCGGGCUUUCAGAUAGCGCCGCGGUGUGUAUUCUUGAAACCCCCAACACGACCGUUGCCGAGAAGGUCCGCGGACUGAGUCGCAUGGUCCAAGUCUCCAAAAACCAUACACUGGUCGACCUGACAAUAAACGGGCUGUCGCCAGGACGGUACUGGGCUACUGUCCGAGAAACCGGAGACAUAUCGGAAGGCGCAGGGUCUACAGGAAGGGUAUGGGAGGCUCUCAAGGCCAAGGUCUUUGGCCGAGAGGAACCGCGCGGAGUGUUUGGCACCGUUGAUGUCAACGAGAAGGGAAAAGGCAAUGUGCUGCUGGAGCAGCCGCUGGCCAUCUGGGAAAUGAUUGGACGCAGUAUGGUUGUGUCGAAGACCAAGGAGGGGCCUUUCCAGAAAGACGACCCCGAUACGAUCGUGGGAGUCAUUGCCCGCAGCGCUGGUGUUUGGGACAAUGAUAAGACGGUGUGCUCCUGCUCAGGGAAGACUGUGUGGGAGGAGCGUCAGGAGCAGGCACUGGCCUGUGUUCUGAUUGUGCAUGCAGCCCCGCACCAUUCGAGUCGUCACGGCCAUCCCACGCCAAUCAGCCCACCCGCAUCAACGGUGCUCCAGACGUUAGUUGCAGCAACGCCCAACCUCUUAUCCUCCUUUCAUCUCCUCUUCUCUCCCGGUCUGAGCAAGACAGACGUCCGCUAUAUUGUAAAUAUGUCGCUGAAGCAGGAAAUCGAGACGUGGGUGCAGGCACUCGCUCACUACGACAAUAAUGAAUUCGAUACGGCAUUGAAAAUCUUCGACGGUAUUGCCGAGACGUCGAGGAUAUUGUUUAAUUGUGGUGUAAUCCAAGCGACGCUGGGCGAGCAUGAAAAGGCUGUGGAAUGCUACCAACGAGCCAUCUCCUUUGACAACUACCUCGCAAUCGCCUACUUCCAGCAAGGCGUGUCGAACUUUCUUCUCGGGGACUUUGAGGAAGCGCUGGCCAAUUUCAACGACACAUUGUUGUAUCUGCGAGGGAACACUUCGAUCGACUACGAACAACUCGGCCUGAAGUUUCGCCUGUACUCGUGCGAGGUUCUCUUUAAUCGAGGACUAUGCUACAUCUAUCUGCAGCAGAUAGACCCGGGCAUGCAAGAUCUGUAUUAUGCCAAACAGGAAAAGGUCACGCCAGACCAUGAUGUGAUUGACGAGGCACUUAACGAACAAGCCGAUGGCUAUACUGUCUUUUCAAUUCCCGUCGGUGUUAUAUACCGGCCCAACGAGGCCAAGGUGAAAAACCUCAAGACAAAGGACUAUCUGGGAAAGGCGAGACUUGUGGCUGCUUCAGAUCGAAGCAAUGCUUUUACUGGGUUCCAAGGGUCCGAAAUCAAAAGGUCAAUGACUCUUGACGCCACAGCAAAGGAUGACCGACCCCUGGAGAACAUUUCCUUUGCAGCGACGAACCUUGUGCAAAAGAACCUGAGCAGCCGGGGUGUGCGACAACAAUCCGAGCCUCCAAUCGGCCGCACCACGUUUCCACCUACACCGCCGCCAGAGUCUGAAAAGGCAAACUACUCAAUCAGCAACAACAGUAAUAACAGCAGUAAUAACACGCAGCAAGACCGUGCAGCGAACGUGCGUGCGGGUCCUCCGCCUCGUCUCAACCUGGACCAGCCGGGGUCACGAAGCAACGGACGAACCGGAGGAGACGUGCCGUCAAUGGGUAAAGCGCGAAUUGGCACGACACGAACGGCGUCGGAGCCUCGUGGUCCGCCUUCACGACAAUUCUCGGGAUCGUCUUCGUCUUCAUCGCGCACUCAAGAUUCACGCCCUCGACUGUAUCGCGAGACGACGAACGACCGUAGACGGUAUAUGAGUUCCCAUGGCAGUAUUGCAGAAGACGGAUAUGCAGAAGAAGUCUUUGACAUGUACAUCAGCCCGCGGUCGACGGGACCGGCACGAAGUCGGGCGCCAAAUUACAUCGACGAGGAGGCAGAAUAUGCGAGCGAGUACGGCGAUGACACGAUUAACUCGGGCGAAUUCGAAAUGAUGGGGGGAGCGGCAGCACCACAAACCAAUGCACCAACACAACGUCGGGCGCGAGGAACGUCACGAAGACCGGAAAUCCGUAAAUUCAGGGUCAAAGUGCACGCAAAGGAAGAAACACGGUAUAUUAUGAUUGGAGCAGACCUCGAUUUCGGCGAAUUCGAAGGAAAAGUGCGCGAAAAGUUUGCGUUUCAACGGGCGUUGCGUAUCCGGAUGCGCGACGACGGGGAUAUGAUCACGAUGGGCGACCAGGAUGAUCUAGAUUUGCUCGUGAGUCUGGCCAAGGAUGCGGCUCGACGGGAGAACCACGAGAUGGGGAAGAUGGAGGAUACAGAUUUGGGUAGAAGAGAGGGAUUGAUAUUACGUAUAUACUGUAAUAAGUGGGCCAAACAUUUGUUCAUUAAACACACACACACACAAAUGACCGACCUCACGCCACAUGUCCGCGAGCUCCUCCUGCGGGCAAAGAGCACGUCGGACGAUGCAGACCCGAGCACCGCGACGGAAAAGAUUGAGAAGACGGAGAAGACGGUUAAUGAGUUUCUGAAAGAAGCGUAUCGAAUUAACUCACACAUUCAAUCACUACUACACUAUCUCAAAUCCAUUCGCCAAUCGUACCUAUCUACAACGAACUCCAAAAAACCGGGGAAACAACAACAGCAGCAGCAGCAACAGAAACAUUCAUUUGAAAACAAUGCUACAGCAUUCCUACCAACAAGCAAAACCCUAACAGACACCGACCGCGACUCAAUCGACUCUUCGACCGCUUUAUUACUCCGCGACCUAUCGUCGAGUAUCACAAACCUCCAAUCGGCAGAAUCCCUCCGGCAGGAUACAGAAGCACAACUACUACGAAAAAAAUACGGACGACCGGGGGGUGCACUAUGGCGAUGGGCUGGUGGAGGAGGAGAUGAAGCAAAAGAAGAAGAGGGGAAAUCAAAAGAACAACUAGACGCCGAAAACUCGGCGCGCACGAUACGCAGUGUGCGUGAAAGCGUACUCUGGUUUUUGAGACGCAGGCUCGAAGAUGCAGCAGAGGUGCAGCGCGGAAUGGUUGAGAAGCGUAUUGAGCGGGUGCGCGAGCGGGAGAAGAGUGUUUUGUACAAGGUGCAACAACAGCAGCAACAACAACAAGAGAAAAAACAACAAUAUGCUCUUCAAGACAUAAAAGAAGACGCUCAACAGAAACAAUCCCCCAUCUACGAUACCGCCGCAGACCUUUCUGCCGCCGAUGCAGCAGCCAUCGAAACACAGCUGUCGCCCGCACAACUACAGCUAUUUGCCGAGGAAAACGACACGAUGCUGAAGCAAUACGAAGACGCGCUUAGCAAGGUCCAAAAUGCGGAAAAAUCGCUCCUCGAAAUAUCCUCCCUACAGUCAACGCUCGUCGGCCACCUCUCGACACAAGAAGAGUUCAUCAGCCAAUUAGUCACAGACGCAUCGACAACAUCGCAAAACGUCGACCGCGGAAACAAAGAACUGCGGCGGGCGAGCGAGCGGCGGAGUACUGCGCAAAUGGUGUUUUGGGGCACGGUUGGGUUGUGUACGUGGCUGGUUGUUUGGGAUGCCAUUUUCUAG